AAUGCUAUCACUCCGUAGAUGAAAAUCUUUUCAAGUUGAUGUAUUCACUACGUUUGGAAGCUGUACAGCCAUCAGCUUCUUAGCUGCUCUGCUUGCUGAUACUGAAGAAUCUAGGAUUUUUGACUAUUCAAAAUGAAUGAACAUCCUAAAAAGAGGAAAAGGAAGACUCUACAUCCUUCUCGAUAUUCAGAUUCUUCAGGUGCAAGCAAAUACAUAGACAACAGUGGAAUUUUUUCUGACCACUGCUAUAGCGUCUGUUCUAUGAAACAGCCAGAUAUAAAGUUUUUUGAAAACAGAGGUAGAUUCCACAGUCCUGUGCAGAGCCUAGACACAGAUGAUGACGGGAGUCCAGUGCAUGCUGGGACUUCUCAGUGGAGUGGGUCACAUUCAAAUGUUGUGGGGUUGCACUAUACAGACCCCAAAAAGAAGGAUAAAGAUAAAGGUACUAAUAAUGGAAUGUGCAGAGACUUAUGUGAUUCACCUAUAUUCAGUGACAGUCCUACAGAAGAAGAGAAACCUCUAGAUAUUCAAACUGUAGAAAUUUCUACAACAGAAGUGAAUGCUGUAGAAGUUCACGAUAUAGAAACACAGACUGUGUCACCUGAGAAGCUAGAAGCUGAGGACCUAGAGGAAAUCCCUCUGGAAACCUGUAAAAUCUUUGAGAAGAACCAGGCUUUGAAUAUCACAGCUCAACAGAAAUGGCCUUUGCUGAGAGCCAACAGCAGUGGCUUAUACAAGUGUGAGCUCUGUGACUUUAAUAGCAAGUACUUUUCUGAUUUAAAGCAGCACAUGAUCCUGAAGCAUAAGACGUGUACAGACACUCAUGUCUGUAAAGUUUGUAAAGAAAGCUUCUCCAGCAAAGUGCUGCUCAUUGAACAUGUAAAACUACAUGAGGAGGAUCCAUACAUCUGUAAAUACUGCGAUUACAAAACAGUGAUAUUUGAGAAUCUGAGUCAGCACAUAGCAGACACUCACUUCAAUGACCACCUUUAUUGGUGUGAGCAGUGCGAUAUGCAGUUCUCCUCGAGCAGCGAGUUGUACCUACAUUUCCAGGAACACAGCUGUGACGAGCAGUAUUUGUGUCAGUUCUGCGAGCAUGAAACAAAUGAUCCAGAAGAUCUGCAUAGCCAUGUGGUGAACGAACAUGCAUGUCGACUGAUAGAGUUAAGCGACAGCUAUAAUAACAAGGAGCGCGGACAGUACAGUCUCAUAAACAAAAUCAGUUUUGACAAAUGCAAAAACUUCUUUGUGUGCCAAGUGUGUGGCUUUAGGAGCAGGCUGCAUACAAAUGUCAACAGGCACGUAGCGAUUGAACACACCAAAAUAUUCCCUCAUGUUUGUGAUGACUGUGGGAAGGGCUUUUCAGGUAUGUUGGAAUAUUGCAAGCAUUUAAGCUCUCAUUUAUCUGAAGGGAUUUAUUUGUGUCAAUACUGUGAAUAUUCAACAGGACAGAUUGAAGACCUUAAAACUCAUUUGGAUUUCAGGCAUUCAGCAGAGUUACCUCAUAAAUGUACUGAUUGUUUAAUGAGGUUUGGAAAUGAAAAAGAUCUUUUAAGUCAUCUUCAGAUACAUGAGACAGCUUGAUUACUUUCUUGCCCUGUAAUCAAUUUGUUAGAAUUGGAAUUAAUUUCCAGUCACUAAAAUGUGGUAUUAAAUACGAUUUUAACAGCAAUUAUACAAUUCUAAUGUUUUUCUCUUUAUAUCAGCAAAGCAUGCAUAACAACUUGGUGGUGUGAAUUUCCUUACCUAGGGGUUUCAAUAGGAAUAAUCACUUUAGUGUGAUGGAUCAGAUUUUGCGGGGAGGGACAGUGGGAGUAGUUGCACGUUGUAAUAGCAAUUCUGAUGGUCAUCCCGCACUUUCACAUCUAAUGUACAAGAGCAGCUCUCUCAAGUUUAAAAAGGGACAAAGAGAAAAUCAACAUCUAGUUCCAUGCUUAAGUAACACCAUACUGAUCUCAACUGCAUAUCCAGCUCAUGUUAUCCUCUGUGGCAGCAGGUCAUUGUGCUGAUGUUUAACAAAUUGCACCAGCCUGCCAAAGAUAAGGGUGUUCCAAAAAUUCUCAGGCAUGGAUGUCUCCAAAUUCACAUACCAGCCUGCAUUUCCCACCUCAUACUCUUGAUAAGCUUUUAAAAUUGUCCUGUUUUUCUCUUGGGGUACCUAUCCGACCUCAUCGUUCGGUUUCUUUGUUCAGUGUUUAAUUUCAACUCCUGUCUGUGGGACUAUCCAACAACCCUCUCUUCCGCACAUGUACUGCAGACCUCCCACACGAGUUUUGUCUGCUUUAUUUACCUUCAGUUCCUAUCUUUUAAUGCACCAAGUAGACACAUAUUGCUGGUGUGUAGAUUGGGUCAUGUUUUAUGGGGUAACUGUAAGGGAAUUUGCAAAGUGAUCCAGCUGAGAAUGUACACAGAGUGCAAUUUUCAUAUCUAAAAUCCUAAUUUAGCUCUCACUGAAAUGAUGUAUGUCACCAACCUCAUUUAGAGCAAGCCUCUAUUAUUUUAUACUAUUAUAAUUCUGUAUAUUUAUAAUUAGCUUUCCACCGCUAAUAAUAUGAGGACAGUUAUUUUAAUUCUGUAAAUUUUAAACCUCCUAUAUACUGGCUUAAAACAAUGAUACAGUACAAAAAUUUUAUUGACUCUAAUCACUUUCAAAUGAUUUCACACAUCUGUUGAGAUUAGAUAGUGCUGUCCUGCCAUUAUAAUCAUUAGAAGUGAAUUUUUAUAAUUCAUUCUGUAGCUGUAUUUCUGAGUGGAUACUUGGACAGAUAAAAAUAAGGGUGAGGUCAUUUAGAUUGUGCUAGUUAUCAGGGUGAAAUUACCCAUAAAUUAGUGGUAGAGUUUACAUUUCUUUCUGCAUCGAUUGUAAAUUUGUAAUGUAAGAUUGUCUAAUGCAAGCUUUGUAUAGAUAUAAUUAAUGUAUAAAACAUUUCUUGAUCAGUCGAGAUUUGGUGUUACCAGCUUCAAGGCGUGCAAGGGUCUUUGCAUUUGAUUUUUAAAGCUAAGGAUAAAAAUUGGCUGAAUAUAGUCAGUUUAUGGAAGUUCUAAUUUCCAGAGAAGUAUUUCUGGAAAGCCUGCUUAUGAACCAGUUAGUGUAUAUUUCUUUGUAGGAGGCAAGACCAUUUUCGUCAUUUUGAAAUGCUGAUUUACUACUAAAUCUUCUGUGUAGUCAUUGAAAAGCGCAACCUGAUGGUGACCCGACUGUGUUUUAUUAGUCCGUUGUAUAGAGAAUGACAAUGUCUCUGGUAAAUUGCCUAUUUCCUAUUUUGAACACAUUCAUCCUGGCUGGCUUAAAAUGGUACCAAUAAUAUAGUUAACAAAGCACUAAUAAGAAUUAUUUCAUAUAUGGAAAGUUAAUUUUGUUCAUAUGGGUGUAACUGAGAGGGGGGAAUGCUGGUUCUCUUAAAACCCUGCUCUUGGUGACAACACAGGUGGAAUGGCACAGUUGAGCUCUGGAGAGAAAGCCGCUCCAGGGAACAGUGACAAGAAGUGGAAAAAAGACAUUUAAAAAAAACCCAAAAAUAAAUAAGUGGGCUUAAGAAGCGUG